UGGAUGUUUGCGAGAAAAGAGAAGAAAACCUUCACUCCCUCUCUGUCUCUUAUUGGGACCUUUCUUCUAUAAAUGACUCUUCUCCCACCCCUUCCCAACCUCCCCCCUUAAUGCUCUGCAAAUACACACAGAGAGAGAGAGAGACAGAGAGAGCGAGAGAUGGAAGAUAUGGCUUCUUUAUGGAGUUACCAAGAGGGCCCUGUUGAUUUGAAGCAAAAGCUUCUGUACACAACUCUGGAACUGGAAUCAGUGAGAGCUGAAGCAAAUGAAGAGAUGAGAAAGACCAAAGAGUACAUGAAGCAGUUGUUGCAGCUCUUUAAGGUUGCCUGCCAGGAAAGGGAUGAAGCAAGGGACCAACUUCAGAAACUCCUCAACAAGCUCCUUCCUUCCACAGUGCCAAGUGAAUUCUUUACAGCUCUACCUCAGCUCCAACCUGAUAGCCCUCUGAUCAAAGCCGCAAAAGCGAACUCCAGCAUAACUGAAUCUAACAGCCUGUCAGAUACACACAAUUACCAGUCCCACGGUUCUUCCCCAGUCGACUCCUUCCUCGAUGCUGGCUCGUCGCCAGAGCUUUCUAACUUGAACAUGGCUGAUUCAAGCAGCCUGGCAUUUGUGAACCAGCCCUUGCUUCAAGAUUACUCUGGCACGGUUCAAACGGGUCUUGUCUCUUCAGCAGCACCUAAAAUUGAUCAGGGUUCUCUGGUCAUAGACAAUUUUGUCACGGGAAAGCCUCUGCCUCAGAAGGGAAAGCUCUUGCAGGCUGUGCUGGAGUCAGGGCCGCUGCUUCAGACUCUUCUUCUGGCGGGGCCGCUUCCCAGGUGGCGGAAUCCGCCCCCUCUCCAGGCCUUCAAUAUUCCACCUGUUUCCAUCAAAGGAUGUGGUGCUGAGAUUGUUAGUCAGAAACCAGCUGCACCAAAUUCUCUAAAUUCAUCUUCUUUUGUUAACAUGACUACUGGCUCUUCCAAAAUGUUGUCAUCAUCUAUGAUGCAUUUUGCUGGUGGUUCGGCUGGAUCGGGCUUUGGCAGCGAGCGAUUGGUACCCGCAGGGGCAGAAUAUAACAGCUACGCUGCAUCAGUGAAGCGACAAAGAUUACAAUGAUUAAAUGAUGCAAUACUGUCCUUUUUGUAUAAAUAGAUGGUCGUUGGUGUAAAUGGGAUAAGCUAUUUUGCUCUGGAUGACAUAGUGACUUAACUUUCUUA